CCAUCGCCAGAAUCCAAAAUCAAAAGCAUCGAUUUGAUCUCGGCACGGCCCGCCCGCAUCCUCUUCUCCUUCCCUGUCGCUUUUUCUGUCUACAGCUUCCAUGGCGCUCUCUCUCUCUGAAUGAAUACUCCUCCAUCUUGCCUUCACCUUUUUCCUCCUUUUUAUAUCAAUAUAUAAAAUGUUGAGGUUCCAGGGCAACCAGCGGGUUUGAAGUUUGAACUCAGUCCCUCCCCCCGCAAGCUUUCUCUCUCUCUCUCUCUCUCUCUGAUCAAAUGUGGCGAGAUCUGUGUGAGUAAGCGUGAAUACCACUACGGUUUUUCGUCCUCCCCUUCCCUUCUUGAGCUACUUGAGCUACUCUGGUCACUUCUUGGAGCCGGCAACUGCCAGUUGGGGGUUUUUUAGGACAAAGGGAGCAAAAAAAAACGAACACCUUCCUGAGCUUAAGACAGCAUGGAUCAGUACGAGGUGCUGGAGCAGAUCGGCAAAGGAGCAUUUGGCUCUGCCCUGCUGGUCAGGCACAAGCUGGAGAGGAAGAAGUAUGUGUUGAAAAAGAUCCGUCUUGCGCGUCAGACAGACCGCACUCGCCGGUCCGCCCACCAAGAGAUGCAGCUCAUUGCUAAUGUGAGGAAUCCAUUCAUUGUGGAGCACAAGGAUUCAUGGGUGGAUAAGGGUUGCUACGUCUGCAUUGUUAUAGGGUACUGCGAGGGAGGAGACAUGGCUGAAGCUAUUAAAAGGGCUAAUGAUACCCACUUUUCUGAGGAGAAGCUUUGCCAGUGGCUAGUGCAGCUUCUCAUGGCCCUUGACUAUUUGCAUGCACAUCACAUUCUUCACCGUGAUGUGAAGUGCUCGAAUAUAUUUCUCACUAGGGACCAAAACAUAAGACUCGGUGACUUUGGUCUCGCAAAAAUAUUGACCGCCGAUGAUUUGGCAUUCUCGAUUGUAGGAACACCAAGUUACAUGUGCCCAGAACUCCUCGCCGAUAUACCUUAUGGUACCAAAUCUGACAUUUGGUCACUAGGAUGCUGCAUGUAUGAAAUGGCUGCGCUCAAACCUGCUUUUAGAGCUUUUGAUAUGCAAAACCUUAUCAACAAGAUUACCAAGUCGAUAGUAUCACCUUUGCCAACAAGAUAUUCUGGUGCAUUUCGAAGACUUGUUAGGAGCAUGCUACGGAGAAGUCCAGAGCAUAGGCCAAGUGCAGCCGAACUACUUAAGCAUCCACAUCUGCAGCCGUACGUCCUGCAACUCCAUCUGAAGUCACACCUUUCUCGCAGCAUAGUUCCUGUUCACCAGUCUCCAAGCGAGAAGAGGAUGACAUUCGCCGCAGAGCCCGUUUGCAGAAGCAAGGGCAGGAGGAACUCUUUAGGCAGCGAAAGGAUGAUAGCAGCCUUUAGCAAACCUUCUCCUGAUAGAAGUUCUGUCAGCUCUAUUCGGAGUGUCAAGGACGACUACACCGCCACACAGAGUGUCAGAGAGCUAUCGGUUGAUGAAAGCAUGGUCGAGGUUGCUAGUAAACCCGUGGCAUCAAGGACCUCAGAUGUCAUGAGGACUCCGAAGGCGACUCCGUGGAAGAUGAUGACGACUCUGAGGAAUCGGCUAGAAGCUCCACAAGCAUCAUAUGACAGAACGAGUCAUACAGAGCAGUUUUCAAGAACACCGGUUGACAAGAGGAACAGCCGCGUGGCCCGCAGAGCAUCGCUUCCUCUGCCCGUAUUUGAGACCCCGAAGCAGCGCAGCAGCAUGAGCGUCCUGGAGCGGCUGGAGUCCCCCGACGUCUCCGUGAACUCGCCUCGCAUCGACAGAAUCGCCGAGUUUCCGCUAGCUUCGUGCGAGGACCCCUUGUUCUCGACCGUGAAGCCACCGACACCCGCCAGCGCCAGCGCCAGCGCCACGCCUCCGUUCGUGGACCGGUCCAUCACCAAGGACAAGUGCACGGCCCAGACGCUCCGGUCCGCGGCCCACGACGGUGGCAACGGCAGAAGCGAGGACGGCGGCGGUUUGUCCUCGGGUCGCACCACCACCACGGCAGCGUCAAGCGGUGGGACGUCGGGGUCGUUGCAGCCGAAGGGGCGGUUCGACACGACGUCGUACCAGCAGCGCGCGGAGGCGCUGGAGGGCCUGCUGGAGUUCAGCGCGCAGCUGCUGCAGCAGGAGCGGUACGAGGAGCUCGGGGUCCUGCUGAGGCCGUUCGGCCCCGACGAGAUGGUGUCCCCCAGGGAGACGGCCAUCUGGCUCACCAAGAGCUUCAAGGAGGCGAUGGCCACGGGCUUGUAGCGGUGGCCUCCUUUCACCGGCAUGGACGGAUCAGGAAUUCAGGAUCGCCCAUCAGCCUUGCAGGCUGUAGACGGCCGGAUGGCAUCGCCGGUGCUGGCGUGUGUAGGUCAGGUAGGUAGGCUAUGAGAAUUGAGAAGAGAGAGGCGUUAGCGUUGACGGAUCAGUUGUUAGUUGCUGGGAGUGGACACAACACCAUCUCAGUGUUGGCCCCCCGGUUUAUUUUGUUACUAUGCUAGCAGUUCUUAGUUAGUUAAUGGCGCUCUGGCUAGCUA